AUGGUUGCUGAGUACAAUAAAUGGGCGGAAGGACAAGGCUUCUCUCUUACCAAAGCCCAUGCGCUCCAGUUAGAUCUGCUCGCAGAGCCACAACCCACCGAUCCAGAGCUCUCUGGUUUUGACGUUGUAGCCAUCUGUAUGGGGUUACACCACGUCGCUAAUCCAGAACGACUUCUGUGUAAACUCUCCAAAACGUUGCGACCGGGAGGCGUUUGCGUGGUAUUGGACAGGGUUUUCGAAGAAGAGAGGCCUGAGUUGCGCCCAGACAUACCUGAGGAAGCGAAGAAAGCACUGCGAACCAUCAACAAGCACGGGUUCACCGAAGAGGAUAUGCGUAAGUACUUCGCAGGUGCCGGUAUGGUCAAGAACUUCGAGUAUGUGAUUGUAGCACGGCCGUUCAAAGUGACACUGUACGGCCAAGAGAUGGAGCUAAAAGGGUUCAUAGCACGAGGUGAGGUAGCUUGA